AUGCCUGCGGGAGGGGUCUCGGUUCAGUCCAGCGGAGGCACCGAGUUCGAGGCCAAGAUCACGCCUAUUGUUAUCAUCUCCUGUGUUAUGGCCGCCACCGGAGGCCUCAUGUUUGGUUACGAUGUUGGUGUUUCCGGUGGUGUUACGUCCAUGCCCGACUUCUUGGAAAAAUUCUUCCCGGUGGUUUAUUGGAAAACGAAGGAUCCAAACAUGAUCAAUAGCAGUUACUGCAAAUAUGAUAAUCAGGGCCUACAAUUGUUCACAUCAUCGCUAUACCUGGCCGGUUUAACCUCGACUUUCUUCGCUUCCUACACGACCAGAAGGCUUGGUCGAAGGCUAACCAUGUUGAUUGCUGGUCUUUUCUUCAUCGCUGGGACUGUCUUUAACGCUGCUGCCCAAAACCUUGCCAUGCUCAUUAUUGGUAGAAUCAUGCUUGGAUGUGGGGUUGGCUUCGCUAAUCAGGCUGUGCCAUUGUUUCUUUCGGAGAUAGCACCGACGAGGAUACGUGGAGGUUUGAACAUAUUAUUCCAACUUAAUGUGACCAUUGGCAUUCUCUUCGCCAGCCUUGUCAAUUAUGGCACUGCUAAAAUCAAAGGGGGAUGGGGUUGGAGGCUGUCGUUGGGUUUGGCUGGCAUUCCUGCAGGUCUUCUUACAGUGGGGGCUCUCCUCGUGGUGGACACUCCCAACAGUCUGAUCGAGCGUGGUCGCUUGGACGAAGGAAAAGCUGUGCUUAGAAAGAUUAGGGGAACUGACAAUAUUGAGCCUGAGUUCUUGGAGCUUGUCGAGGCAAGCCGUGUGGCUAAACAAGUGAAGCACCCCUUCAGGAAUCUCCUUAAGCGCAGGAAUAGGCCCCAGCUCGUCAUUGCCGUAGCCUUGCAGAUCUUCCAACAAUUCACUGGCAUCAAUGCAAUCAUGUUUUAUGCUCCAGUUCUCUUCAAAACUGUGGGAUUUGGCAGUGAUGCUGCCCUCUACUCAGCUGUCAUUACAGGAGCUGUGAAUGUCCUCUCCACUCUUGUAUCCAUCUACUCGGUGGACAAAGUUGGCCGUCGAAUGCUCUUAUUGGAAGCUGGGGUCCAGAUGUUCCUUUCUCAAGUGGUGAUAGCAAUCAUUCUAGGAAUCAAGGUCAAGGACCACUCUGAAGACCUCCACAAAACUUAUGCAAUUAUAGUUGUUAUCAUGGUGUGCACUUUUGUUUCUGCUUUUGCAUGGUCUUGGGGGCCUCUGGGUUGGCUGAUCCCAAGUGAGACAUUCCCACUGGAGACUCGUUCUGCAGGGCAGAGUGUGACUGUGUGUAUCAACUUGCUUUUCACUUUUGUUAUAGCACAGGCAUUCCUUUCAAUGCUCUGCCAUUUCAAGUAUGGUAUCUUCUUCUUCUUCUCCGGCUGGGUUCUCAUCAUGUCAUGCUUCGUGCUGUUUCUGCUCCCGGAGACGAAGAACAUCCCAAUUGAAGAGAUGAAAGAGAGAGUCUGGAAGCAACACUGGCUUUGGAAGAGAUUUAUGGAUGACCAUGAAGAAGAUGGUGAAAAGAAAAUUGGGUACAAGAAUGGAUUUGAUCCUUCUUAUCAGCUGUAAAACUAGAGAAGUAUACUUACCUUACCCACCAAAAAGCAAAGAAAGAGAAAGUACUGUAUUAGGAGGAACUUGCUAUACAAGAACAUUAGACACUGGACAUUGAAGGGGUACAAAAGAUACAUGUUGCCAAUAUCCAUGUCGAUUAGGUUCCUUUGGAAGGUUAUGAUUGUAAAAACUUUAAGAGAGUGUUUGUGUUUCUUUCC